AUGUCCGAACCAGGCAUUCUCGUCGAGUACAAGGGCAAAGUAGCCAUCAUCACCCUCAACGUUCCUAAGAAGCUCAACGCUCUCAAUGGUGACCUAUAUUACCAGCUUGCACGCGCCAUGAAUGAGGUUGCCGCCCAUGAUGAAGUCUUCAUUACUGUUCUUACCGGCAAGGGACGCUUCUUCUCCGCCGGCGCGGACGUAGCCUUCGGCGCUGCCCAAAAGUCCUCCACCGAUAUCGACGAGCGCCAAAUGUGGCUCAAGAACUUUGUCUCCAACAACCUGCAUAUCACUCACGCCUUCUACACGCACCCCAAGAUCCUCGUCACCGCUCUCAACGGCCCCGCCGUCGGCCUCAGCGCUGCUUUGAUUGCCUUUUCGGAUUUCAUCUACGCCGCCCCGCACGCCUACAUCCUGACCCCCUUCUCCUCGCUCGGCCUUGUCGCCGAAGGAAACGCAUCCUUCGCAUUCGUCAAGCGACUGGGGAUCAGCAAAGCCAACGAAGCGCUCAUCAUGUCGAAACGAAUUUCCUGCGAUGAGCUGGUACAGACGGGCUUUGUGAAUAGAGUAUUUGACGUUGGGUCGAAAGACAGCCCCAAGUUCCUGGAGGAGGUGCUCAAGGAGGUUGACGACAGACUAGGCGAUCACUUGAAUGGCGAGAGUUUGAUCAAGAUCAAGGCACUGAUCAGGAAGCCCGAUAUGGAUACAUUGGACCGUCAGGGUGUGGAGGAAGUGUUUGGUGGGUUGGGUCGGUUUUUGAAGGGCGUGCCGCAGGAGGAGUUCAGGAAAAUUGCGAGUGGAGAAAAGAAACACAAACUGUAG